UCAGCUGCGAGGCCGCGUGCGCAGAUUCAAACACAUCUCUAAAAAAGAGGCUGGGCGCGAGAUUCGGCGGGAUGGACAAAAAAAUUUCAGUCGAGGAAAAUAACAAGUAGAAGUACUGACAGUAGUGGGAGGGUAGAUGAUGUGAACUCGGCGGGUUUCAAUAGAAGAAGGAACAUGCUCUGCCUAUUUACAUUAGUCCGUCGUGUGGCUGAAUGACUAGGAUGUAAAUUGUUAAAAAUAUAUUCUGUUUUAUAUCGAUAGCAACAGUGAUCGCCUGACGUUAACGUUACACAUCUUGGGCCCAAACACUUAAUUUAGCCUGUUCUCAAGCGAUGUGACUAGUUGAGUAAGUUAAUGCAAACUAACAUUAGGUUGCGGGCAUACUAAACCAUUAUUCGAAGUGAAACUGAUUUGACUUGUUCUGGGAUCGAAUUUGGUCUUAAAUGACAGAGAAGACAUGGGUUACAACGAUUUCUAUGGAUAAAUAUCUAAUUGGAUUCAAGGGCCUUCUGAUUUCGAAUAAGGCUGAAGUACAGGGGAGUUUAUUCGGUGAUCUUGUGGAUUAAGUUCGCUAAUAUUCACAUUGAGAAGAAAAGCUUGAAUAUCAAUAAUCUCACUGUCAUUAUACAUGGCCAACAAUAUGAAAUCGCGCAGUGAGGAUGAGGAUGAUGAACGCCACUCCACAGACCCUGACUGCAGGGACUCUAAGAACUCCAAGAAGACCGCAGGCAAAAUCAAAUGGUCACGAGACGAGGACGAGAGGCUUAAGAAGCUGGUUGAGCAGCAUGGGACUGACGCCUGGAGGUUAAUCGCUAAUUACUUUCCAAACAGGACAGAUGGGCAGUGUCAGCACCGCUGGCAGAAGGUACUCAACCCCGAGCUGGUGAAAGGACCCUGGACAAAGGAGGAGGAUCAAAGAGUGAUUGAGUUGGUCCACAAAUAUGGUCCCAAACGCUGGUCUGUCAUCGCCAAGCACCUGCAGGGCCGCAUUGGUAAGCAGUGCCGAGAGCGCUGGCACAACCACCUCAACCCUGAGGUCAAGAAGUCCUCCUGGACACAAGAGGAGGACCGCAUCAUCUACGAGGCACACAAACGCCUUGGCAACCGCUGGGCAGAAAUCUCCAAACUGCUUCCUGGAAGGACGGACAACUCCAUCAAGAACCACUGGAACUCCACCAUGAAGCGGAAGGUGGAGCACGAGGGCUACCUGCAGGACAGGAUGUACGGUGGCUCCGACCAAUCACAGAAGAGGCGGCACAAGACCUGUGGCUCCUCAGGGGAGCGCCUGCAUGGUCAGACCCCCAUGGGCCCAGCACAGCUUGGAGGAUACUCCUAUGAUUCACUGGGCAGUCAGUGCAUGGACAGCAUCGCAGAAGGCUCCAGUUUCAUGUCGCCGUGCCCCGACGACCCUCACAAAGAGCAGAGAAUAAAGGAGCUAGAGCUGCUGCUUAUGUCAGCAGAGAACGAAGUCAGAAGACAGUCCGGCUCUCGUAAUCCAGAGCAGUAUUCCAGCUGGUCGGACAGCCUGACGGACGAUACCAUGACGACAACGGGAAGCCUGGAAGAAGGAAACAUGGAGAUGUGCCGGUCAAGUGAAGGGAGAGGAUCCGGAAUGUCACACUAUGGUUCCCCAAGUAAAUUCCUGGCAGUGGAGGCUAGCGCAGUCCUGUCCACCCUGCACACCAUUCCGGAGUUUGCCGAGACUAUGGAGCUUAUCGACUCGGACCCAGGAGCCUGGAGUGAGGUGGCUAGCUUUGACCUCUCCGAUCAUGGGGCAUCCCCUCCCAAACACCCCCACCGGCCAUACCACCCCCCUGGCAGAGGUCUCGAGGGCAUGGGAUACCACCUGGACACCCUGUCUGUGUCCGACAUGGGCAAGCACUGCCCCAGCCAGGGCAAACAGGUCCCCCAGGGCUCCCCAAACCGCGGCCGGUUUGGCACCCCGACGGCUUGCGUGAGGAAGAGGAGGAAGGGUAGGGGCGACCAGUCCCCUACCGGGCAGCACGUCUGUGGGAACCUGCCCAACCAUGGUGCCAACUCACCCAGGGGUACCCCUGUGAAGGCCCUGCCCUUUUCACCAUCACAGUUCUUCAACAUAUCUGGGGGAGAGAACCUAGGCCUGGACAAUCCUGCACUUACAUCAACGCCAGUAUGCGGUCAGAAGUGCUUCCUGAACACGCCCCAACAGAAAGAAACUACCCCGAAACACCAGAAGGAGAAUGCUGGUUUCAGAACCCCUAAAGUGCGUAAAUCUAUCAUGGGACACACACCGAAGACUCCCACUCCCUUCAAAAAUGCCCUGGCUGCCCAGGAGAAGAUGCACGGACCACUGAAGAUGGUGCCCCAGCCCUUGGCUUUCCUGGAAGAGGACAUUCGUGAGGUGUUGAAGGAGGAGACUGGUGCAGACAUCUUCACUCAAUCAGAGAUGCAGCAAGAGUACGGUGCCUGGAAACACGAGCUGGAAGCUCCUGCUAGAAAGGUCCGGAAGUCUUUGGUGUUGGACUCCUGGGGGAAGGAUUGCCUCAAUGUCCAACUCUUUUCACAGGAGCAGAUCAACCACAAUGUCAAUGCUGGUGAUGGCCUGCUGACGAGCUCCCUGCUGAUGCCGCUGCAUGCUAAGUGUCAGGAGGAGAGUGUAGGCUCCCCGUGCUCUAUGGACGAUGAGGCGUGCGUCCCUGUCUGUCCCAUCAGCCCCCUGGGCAAGGAGCAGGCCACCCCCAAGAGCCCCUCAUACCAGGCUGCAGCACAGCUUAGCAGCGACUGGGAAGCAGUGGUUUAUGGGAAGACGGAGGACCAGCUGAUCAUGACUGAGCAGGCCAGGCGCUACCUGAGUGCCUACCCCACCGGCUGCUCCUCCAGGGCCCUAGUGCUCUGAGAUUGAUGUCCGUCCUCUACACACACACACACACACACACACACACACACACACACACACACACACACACACACACACACACACACUACACUACACUACACUACACUCUCUCAUGCACAAGCAGUCUUCCUCCUCUUCCUCCCAAUUUGAAGGCUGUGCCAGCAUGCAGACAAUCUGGUGGGAGAGAAGAAGAAGAGGUCUUCACAUGUUCUCCGCUCUUUACGUGUGCAGAACACCUUACUCAUUUGAGUAUAGCACACACCUCUCUUUAACAAGCCUGUCCAUCUUGUACAACACUCGGCUUGUUAUACUUUUUUUGUUUUGUGUUGUUUUUUAAGUUCAUAAGGAGAAAAAAAAGCUGUUUUGCUAGCCAGAAUACAAUUUUGUACAAACAGGUAGUUCUAGACAAAACUAGUAAAUACAUUUGAUUAAUCCAAUCGUUCCAUAGAUUAUAGCAAUAGGUUCUUUGCGGCAAUGGCAUGGACUGCUAAUACGCGUGUUGUUCACUUUUAACGCUUUAAUUAUACACACAAAUAUCCUGCUUAUUUACUUUAGAAAUAACCAAUUUCUUGAAAGAGUUGUGGGGUGUGAAUUGUUAGGACUUGGAGAGCACCGUCAGCGUUGCACUACUGAUUUGCUUCAGAGAGGAACUCAAACAGUGUUUAGAGAAGUAACUGGAUAGCACUUGCGAUGGGACUGGAUCGGUUCAAACAAUUAUGAAAAUGCUGCUUCUGCACCGAGUCCUGUUUUUAGGAGUCUCCCUUUGAGGCACUGAAUGUAUUGUAUAGCAUGAAACUGCAGAAGCAGCAUGAAAAGCAAGGGUACCUUUUUGUUUGGUUGGUUGUUUUUUUUUUGUGUUGUUUAUUUUGUUCUUUGUUUUUUGUUUUAGAUUGGACUUUAUUGUUCCUUAUUUGUACUGCUAUUUUUUUUUUUAUUUAUGUUCAGAACAAAAAGUGCACGAUCUAGACAUCGUAUAAAAAAUUUAAUGGAGCACCUGGAUUAUCCAGUUGCAAAAUCCUAGCUACCUUUGCUGACAGUCAGACUCCUUUGUAGACUGACAGCUUAAACAAGCAUGCUGCUCCAGGAAAAUUAAACUAGAGAUCAUGUUUGGUACUCUUUGUAGUGCAAAGACAAAGUCAGGGCGAUGUGUUGGAAAAAGUUUUUUUGUAGAUGAGAAUGAUUUCUUGUUCUUAGGGCUGUAGGUUAUAUUUAUUAAAUGUUUACUAAUUUAUUUAUUUUAAAGAUAAAUAAAAACAUAUCUUAUUAUAUUUUCUUUAUAUCACAAUUUUGAAAAGAAUUGGCUAUCCUCAACUACAUUCUCUAAAUUAUAAUAACACUGCCAUCCAUUCCAUACUUUUUCUGUUUCUGAUUGGACAAAAGGUUAGAUAGUAUCCUCUUGAUAGGUUCUGUUCCUCUGGUUUUUGACUUUCUGUUCCUUAAAAGCCAGUUCAUUCUCCACAAACACUCAACAGUCUAUUAAAGUAGGCAAGUUGCACUUUUUUUUUAAAGAAAAAAACAUUGUUCAUAUGUAGUUUGUUGUGUUCCGUCCGUUCCUCCUGUUUUUAUUCAAAAGUUUUUUUUAUUUGUUUGUUUUGUUUAAUUUUUGUCUGUUUGGUGUGAUUUGAUCGAUGGUGCUGUUGGCUGAAUGUGUCACAGCUUGACGAUGAUGGACACUGACAUGGAAAGUGGCAGGACCCCGACUCUGUCAUUGUUUGCUGAAUACAUUGAAGCGUGUAUUUCUGUUUGUCUCCGUCAGUCCUACUGCUUUUGUGCUGCUUCCAACAAAAAGAAUGGAAAUGACUGCGCAUUUUGCCAUAGCAUCUAUGUAGAAGUGUACGGGCAAUAGGUUGUUAAUGCAUUACAGGCCAUUGACACACCGUGUGGUGUGUUUUUUUGUUUUGUUUUGUUUUUUUUUUAACAGGCUACCAUCAGAAAUGUCACUAUUUUUUAAUGAAUGUUUUUAACUCUUUUUAUGUUUUUUAAAAUGUAAAAUGUGAAAGAAAAAAAAAUCCUUAAAGAGGUCUGGAUUUGAACUGAAACCUAAUUAAUGAAGGAGUUAAUGUUGAAAAAAAGUAAUCAUCUGUUUUUAGAUUCUAAAUCUGUUCAGCAUGUUCAUUGAGUAGAUGACAGCCCUGUGUUCUGGGAUUGUAAUAACCAGAACCAGGAGGAAGGAUCACAUUAAUGUACUUCACUUAGUAGGUCACCAUACACAAUACUCAGUUUAGAUCUUUUUGUUCCUCCUCAUGCGUAGAUAUUCACUGUCUCAUUGUUGACAUCAUAUCGGAGAAGAUGCAGAAUACUAAAUAUGUAUAUUUUUGGUUUUGGUCAGUGUCUUCCUUCUUUUAAAAAAAAUAUGCGUGCAUGUGUUUGUGUAAAUUUGGUUCAUUUUAUGUGUUGUAGAAUGCCUAACACUCAAAUCCCUAAUGGUAGGUUUUGAGGGAAGUAAGUACAUGUAGCAGUUGUGAUAUACAGCAAUACAUUCAUGUUCCGCAUUAUUGCUCACUCUUUAUUCCUGCAUUGCAUUUUUAUUUCUGAUGCACACAUAUUCACAGCUGAAGGACUAUAACCUGCCAAUUUACAGUACCAUAGGAUUCCUGCCAAUUUUCUGUUUUUAACCCAUGUACACACAGUAUGUGUUAUAAAGAACAAUAAACAGUGCUCUCUGCUCAUCGAA